UCUAGUCACUAACAUGGCCGUCACCAGGGAGUGAGUCCAAGGAUUUUGAGACGAAUAUUAUUUGAUUCUGCUUAAACGCUCUUGAUGAUUGACGAUGCCAUCUGCGGGUCGUUGAUGUUGCAGCUCUAUAACAUCCCUUUGAAUGUAAGAAGUGAGAAGCUACACCCGCUUAUUGAUUCCAGUCCCCUGGGCUUCGACGACAGCCCUGACAUCCGUCCCUCAGACUGGCAGUGGCCGCAGGUGCAGUGUCUUGGAGCUGGGGGCCACAGUUGCCUUCCUCUGCCAGAAGGGCUGGGAUCGGGACAAGUGUGGCCCGUAACUACCAGCUCUGGGAAUCUCGACAGAGUAUGGUGAGAGACCGCGGCUGCAAUGGAGCUGCAGGAUAAAAAAUAUGAGGAGGAGACGACUCCACUGGGACUGUCCACGGCUCAGGCUCUGUGCACCCUACGGGACCAGCUGUCCAACUUAUUGGGGCAACACCAGAAAUCCAGCCACCGUAGAUCCACCAUACAGGAGCAAUGGGCUAAGAGCUUCCUUCACCAUGACAACCGGCAUUCAUGCUUCCAUUGGCCAGGAGCUAUUCUCACUCUGAUUGUGGUGGUUGGGCUGUUGUGUUGUCAUGGCAGCCAGCCGGCGGGCAGUCAAGGCAUAGAGUUAGUGAACGCGGGCGCACUUUUCCUCCUGCUGCUGCUGAACCUCUUUCUCAUUGGGCGGCAGCAGAGGUUACGGAUGAGUGAGAUGGUGCGGAGGCUCAAGUCCAUUAUCUCACAGCUGAACGAUUAUUUGGAGAGAAGUGCAGGACAUCCAAUCAGAUGGGCCCCCUCUCUGUGUCCUGACCUCUACACCCCGACUUCCCCUUCCUGGUCACUGCAUUGGACAUUUAGAGAUGAGCAGCUGGUCAAUCUACCUGUCAGUCUCCUGGUGGAAGGUGAUGUCAUCGCUCUUAGACCGGGCCAGGAAGCCUUUGCAUCUCUCAGAGGCAUCAAGGACGACGAACACAUCGUGCUGGAGCCAGGAGACCUUUUUCCGCCAUUCUCUCCUCCUCCUUCCCCACGCGGGAAUGAGCGGAGGGGCCCCCACAGUCCUCAGCAGUACCGCCUCUUCAGGGUGGUGCGCACACCUAUACUCGACAGUGUCAGGAACAGUCUUGAUAUGGCUCUCUCCCGUCCAAUCACAGCCCUUGAUAAUGAACGUUUCACAGUGCAGUCCAUCAUUGCCAAAUUCGCCUGUCCAGCUGUAUUGGUGGCCUUUUUCUCUGUUAACACGAUCUGGUACUUUUGUGACACUCCCGGUCUCACCACUGGACCCUUCAACUUCCUUCAGUUGCAGAUGAUGGGUGUAUUGCCGAUUUUACCUCUUCUGUUUCCUGUGAUGUGGAUUCUGGUCAAUGCGUACGGAGAGGCCCGCUUGUUAGCCGAGUCCAGCUGUAACUCUCCCACUGGCCUGCUUGCUAAGUUCUCUGAGGACACUCUAAGCAGCUACACGGAAGUGGUGUCCUCCCAGGAGAUUCUACGCUGUGUGUGGAGACACCUGGUCAGUGUGUUGAAGGGAGAGUCCCAGACCCUCUGUUAUACCUCCAGUCUGCUACACUCGUUGGGUUCGGUCACUGUGCUGUGCUGUGUGGAUAAGCAAGGCAUUCUGUCCUGGCCCAACCCUAGUCCCGAGACUGUGUUGUUCUUCAGCGGACGAGUAGAACCUCCUCAUGACAGCCAGGAAGACCUCAGAGAUGAGCUGUUAGUCAACUCCCUCUGCAGGACAGAGGGCGAGGAGGAACGUGACGAGCCUCAGGAAGGCGAAGCACUGCUGUGUUUACCAGUGUUUGAACCCUCCCUUCACAUGGCUGAGCAGGAACCCAGCGAGACAUCACAUGACACCGCCCGCUCCUCAGACACCCAGCGGCAGCAUCAAGGACCCCAAACCACCCGUUCCAAACACCCUUCAGGAUCCAAUGUCAGUUUCAGCCAUGACACUGAGGUUGGUGAAGAUGACAUUGCUCAGCCAUGCGGUAUGGGUGAUGAUCUGUGUGAAGCAGAAGAUUUCGUGUGCGACUAUCAUCUGGAGAUGUUGAGCCUGUCCCAGGAUCAGCAGAACCCUGUCAGCAUCCAGUUUGAUGAUUCCGGUUGGCAGAAUCACCUGCCCUCUUUGAAGCCUCUUGGCUUGAACAUCCUGUUGAACCUGUGCAAUACCACCGUCACCCAGCAGCUCUGCAGAUUCUCAGACCACUUGUCAAACCUGGCGCUGCAGGAAUGCCAUGGGGCGGUUCUACCCGUUCAUGUUCCCUGGGGCCUCUGUGAACUAUCUCGCCUUAUAGGUUUUACUCCGGGAGCGAGGGAACUGUUUAAGCAUGAGAAUCAUCUGUCUCUGUACCAGCUUCCUUCCGGAGAGAAGGCCAAAGAAUCUGUCCCCCGGCGACUCCAUCACUUCACCAAACGCCAGCCUCCCAUCAGUCACCUCAUCAGUCUGUUCGUCAGGGACAGCACUACCAAUAAUGUACAGAUGCUGUCCCACGGCUCGGCCGACCUCAUCCUAGAAGCCUGCACAGAUUUCUGGGAUGGGGCGGACAUCUAUCCGCUGUCUGGCUCGGAUAGGAAAAAGGUUUUAGAUUUCUACCAACGUGCCUGUCUGUCAGGAUAUUGUUCUGCAUUCGCCUAUAAGCCUAUGCAGGUGGCAUUGUCUGGACAGCUAAAUGGAAAGUGUGUGGAGCUGGCUCCAGGCCCCACGCUCUUUUCUGGGGUGGAGCUUCCCAGUACCACCCCCAUCAAACAUGGCAGCCGCAGGAACAGCUGGAGUUCUGAUGAGGGUAUUGGAGAAGGUUUGGAGAAGGAGGACUGUGUGCAGGCUCUGAGUGGCCAGAUCUUCAUGGGAAUGGUGUCGUCCCAGUUCCAGGCCCGACUGGACACUGUACGGCUCAUUGAGAACCUGGUGGGAGCCUGUAUCCGCUUUGUGUACUUCUCCAUGGAGGACGAGCUGCGCAGCAAAGUGUUUGCAGAGAAGAUGGGUUUGGAGACGGGCUGGAACUGUCACAUCUCUCUGACCCCAAACGGAGAUGGUCACUACGAUGGUGCUCCGUCCAGCCCUAGCCAAGCAGGAUCUCUACAUGAUGACCUUCUGCAUGAUUCUCGUGAUGACGCAGAGGGCCCACUACUGCCUGAGGACCAAUCAGAUCUCGCCAGCUUCCAGCCUACUGACAGUGAUGUGCCCAGUUUCUUAGAAGACUGCAACAGAGCCAAACUGCCUCGUGGCAUUCAUCAGGUUCGUCCUCAUUUGAAGAACAUAGACAAUGUGCCUCUACUGGUGCCCCUGUUCACAGACUGCACCCCUGAAACAAUGUGUGAAAUGAUGAAGAUCAUGCAGGAGAACAGAGAGGUAACAUGCUGUUUGGGGAGCUCCGCAAACUUCCGUAACAGCUGCCUUUUUCUGCAGAGUGACAUCAGUAUCUCCCUGGAUCCUCUAUACCCGUCCCGGUGCUCAUGGGAGACAUUUGGGUAUGCUGCGGGCUGCGGGCUGAAUGGUGACUGUGAUGAGCUGUCUCCACUGGGGCUCAGUGCUAGUCUCAACAGCCUCGCCUGCUCCAUGUCCUUCCAUCAGGGCGAGAGUGUCAGCAUGGUCAAACUCAUAGAGCAGGCGAGACACACCACCUAUGGCAUUCGCAAGUGCUUCCUCUUCCUACUGCAGUGUCAACUGACACUGGUCAUCAUUCAGUUCCUGGCCUGCCUUAUUCAGCUACCUCCUCCCAUGAACAUCACAGACAUACUGUGGCUUUCCUGCUUCUGUUACCCACUGCUAAGCGUGUCCUUUCUGGGAAAAUCGCCAGACAGUUCAAUGAUGACAGUCGCUACUGGAAAGAAUCUGGACUCCAUUCCACGCAAGACCCAGCACUACUUCCUAGGCUGGUUCCUGUUGAAGUUCGGUCUGACGAUGUUAGCCUACUUAGUCGGCUUCAGGUUUUCUCUACAGGAAGUGUGUUCUAGAGCAGCUAACCUCACAAAAACUGAUAACAGCACCAUUACCUGCUCUCACAUACUCGCAUCUAGCUCACAGGAUGGCCCGCAGUGGUUUAGUGAAUUGUCCAAUGGGCUGCUUUUGAUUCAGAAGAUUAUGGCAGGUUUUCUGGCUUUGCACACAGUGGUCAUUUCUCUGAGCUAUGUGCACCGUUCACAACCCCUGUGGAGGAAGAACCCGUUCAGUAACACAUGGUGGUGUCUCACGGUGCCUGUGGUAUUGUUGGGACAGGUGGUGCAGGCUGUGAUAGAUUAUCAGUUGUGGCAGGACAGGAGUACAGAGGUGGUCUUCACACUACGUCACAUUCCCCUCUUGGUCUGGCUGUUGGUCUCUCUGUCCAUCGUACUUGUGGUGCUAAUCAAUGAAGCAGUAAAACUGCAUGAAAUCAGGGUGCGAGUGCGUUACCAGAAGAGGCAGAAGCUUCAGUUUGAGACUAAGCUGGGGAUGAACUCUCCCUUCUGACCUGCAUCUGUACAGGACAGCAUGGUAGCACACGUCAGCAUCAUGUUCAUUUCAGUGGUGGAGAAGAUGAAGAAUGCUUUGGAUUUCCCCCAACAGAGCUCUUCCUGCAACACCUCGAAUGGGCAGAACUCUGAAGGGCUGCGUUUUUAACUAUCUUUGAUUUAGGCUUUACUCAAAGUAAAGGUUUCAUCUGUGUUGUUUGAGGGAUGUUCACCUGCAUGCUGCUUUGGUUUGGACAGGGACAUAAUUUUUUAAUGAGGCCAUUCCUUUACCCCCUCAAAACCUGAAACUGUAAUGCACGGUAUAGAGAAUAUAUACCAAAAUGUACAACGGAGGGCUAAAUUAGCAUGAUUUUUCUGCUUACUUUUUAUCUUUUUUAUUAGAUGUUGUGAAAUGGGGAUUUUAUUGAUUUCCUUUGUUUCAAACAUGAGACAAUUGACCGCUCAUGAGAUGAGCUUUAGCUGUAGGUUCUCUGUGUUCGUAUUUUAGUCGUAUGGUUCUUUAUCACACUGCUGAGAGGUUUCGUGCAGUUCAUUUAGUACGUCAUAAGAGCUCGUUGAAGCCUGUUUUAACAGGUUAUAAUGUGAAUGUCAUCGCCUCAACUUACCUCAUAUUCAGAGGGGAAAGAUUACAUUCUGUUUUCUUUUGUGAUCAUGAUGUACAAGUGAAUUUUCUUGCAUGAAUAUAUCAGCUAGAGCAACUUAGCUAAGAAGCUUAGCUUCCAAAAUCAAAUGCAGUCAGUGUGAGACUGUGUGCAAACUCAUUUACUAGCUUACUUAGAAUCAGUCAGGCUUUAAAUCUCUUUUCCUCUUACAGAUCGAUAUCUGAUGAAAUGCAUGAAUAUCUGGAAUCUUUUGUAGUCUUCUUUUAAACAAUUUUUUACUGCAAAGUUCUUAAGUUCAAUCAAAACACAAAGAUUUUUUUAACCAGGCAAAGCAAUAGCUUUCCAGCUGAAGGAAGAAUGGUCCAACUUGAAUUGUUCUCAUUCUGUCUACAGAGACGUUUGAAAUGUUUUUUCAUGUGUGAUUGUCAGCCAGAAUGUACUGAAUUAUUAUUAUUUUUUGCAUACAUUUGCAUGCAAGACAACAAAAUCACUUGCCUUUUUUCUCACCGCACAUUUUUUUCAAGAGAAUUAUUUCCGAUGUUCUGUAAUGAAUAUAUCUAACUCUGGAUGGGGUGGGCUUAUUUAAAUUUGUAUUUUUUGUAAUGAUUUUUUCCGCCCCCAUCCAGAGAACUCAGUGUUUACUGGUAAAGAGGGAUAUUGAACUUUUGUUCUGUUCUACCUCUAGCUGAUUGCUAAUAUAAUUCUAGGCAACGUCAUGAUUUUAAUAGGUUUUAUUCUUAAUUUAAUUUAUCCAGUUGGGCUGCAGCUAUGGAGUAUAAGGGGCUCAAUUACUGUGUCACCAGAUGUGCUUAUUUAAAAAUACAUGCAAGUGUAUUUUCUGACAGUGACCAGCUAAUCUCCAAAUUACCAGCAUUUUUUUCCCCAAAUACUAGUGUAAUCCACUAACAUGUAGACUGAAACCUCUGAUUUAGCCUAGACUCAUCAAAAGGAGAAUUUAAAGGGAUAGUCCACCCAAAAAUUAAAAUUGUUACCAUUUACACACCCUCAUGUUGUUCCAAACCUGUUAGACUUUAUUUCCUCUGCAGAACAUAAAAUGAGAUACUUUGUAUAAUGUGUUAAUCGUUUGUAUCCAUACAGUGAAGGUCAUUCAAGUUUGAAAUGAGGGUGAAAAAAUCUUUUUCUUUUAUUCUUGAAUUGACUUUUCAUUUUUAGGUGAACUGUCCCUUUAAGUUGCUGCUAUAACUGUAUAAAGUGGUAGAUUUUAAAAAUGAUUAAUGUGUACAGGCAUCAUGGGACCUCUAGAACCUAUACUCAAGAACCCAGUUAGUAUUUUCUAAAGAACCUGUCUUUCCAAUGAGCCACAGUCUACCCCCUUUUCUACGUAAUGAACUGCAAGAUGUCUUAAUUUAUUGAUUUCCUGCCUUUAUGUUCCUGUCUCACUGUUAUACUCAAGUUUAAAUCACAAAUACAUACUGUAACCUCUAAUCUAAUGUUGAUAUUUAUUUUGAAAUUAUUACAUAUGCCUGUACAUCAGCAAAUGAUUGCAACCUAACAGCCUUUUCCAUAAUGCAUCUAGAGAUUGUCUUAGGCACUGAAUGUUAUAGGUGUACGUGGUGCAUUUUUGCAAUGCAUGUAAUGUGCUUGCUUCUAGUUUUUCUGCACAUGCAACAGGAAGGCGGGUCUUACGAAGUGUUCAGAGGUUAUACUGCCCCAUUACAUAACUGUAGCUGUGGUCCGAUGUUUCCGUUCAGCACCACUGUUGUGUAACUAAGCCACCCUAAUACAGACAUAUCGGAGAAAUCAAAAAGCAAGUUAAGUAGUUAAUUUUUAAUUGGUGCUGAAUUAGUGGUAAAACAAAAUGUACAAUUAAGGAAAUUGUAAAAUAUAUCAGUAUAGGUGAAAAUGUGUUUUAAUAAGCACUGAUCUUCUGUUUUGGGAUAUGAGUUUGUGAACAGUGUUUUUUUUUUACAGUAAUUAUUUUUAAAAUUUUCCCUUUUUUCCUGAUGUAUGCAUGAUAAAGACCAGAAUGCAAGAUUUUCUUGAUUUACUCAUCUGCUGAAUAUUGAAUACGUUGACUCAGUCAUGCAUGGAUUAAAAACUUGCUGAUGUUUUUCCAUCAGUCAGAAAAUCUGUAAUCUUUAAACCAGGAGUAUGAAUCAGGCCAUUUUAGAGGGCUGUACAGAACCUCUCUGCAAAAUACAUGCCUGGGCUACAACCUACACUGAUUGACCCAAUAUAUUUGCUAUUUAUGAAUGUUCAUAAAAUUUAUAAAUGUUGUACAGUUUGUAUUUUUUUAAGAUGUCUUUAACAUUGAUUUCUCCACUUCCCCAGAGAUUAUUUGUGAACCAAUGUUGUUAAUAAAUAUGUUCAUUUCAAAACAAA